ACACACACACUAAAAAAACACGCACUCAUCACACCCACAAAGUCCUCUCUGCCUUUUGAGCUUCUUUUUUAUUCCUCUGUUCUUCAUUUUCAAAAAAAAUCAGUCAUUCAGUUUCAAAAUUUGCAUACAAAAUCAACAAAUUCCAUUUUGGAUUCACUGAUUUUUUGUUAUUUUACGCCGCUCGCUGUUUAAUGUCUUCUUCAAUUUUACAAAAUGGGUCUUUUUUCCUCCAUUAAUGCUUCCCCUGUUUUUCAAUUUUUCAGUCUCUGUUUUUAAAUUUUAAAUCAACUUUUUUUUUUCUUCUUUUUUUUUUUUCAAUUGGGUUGUUGUUAUAUCUGGAUUUAAUGCUAGUUUUUGUGCUUAAAUCCAGUAAUUAAAAACAGAGCGAGCGGCGAAUACUUUUUUUUUUUUUUUAUAUUUUGGUGCGAGUUUCUUGAAUUUUUGUUUGAUUUUUCAUCAAUGGCAGCCGCUCGAAACAGCGGAAAAUCGAAGAAAUUUGAAGAAGAUUCUCAGAAUUUGACACAGAUGGACUUUGAUCACAUGGGUUUUGAUGACACCAGAGAAUGGAAGCAAGUUUUUGAUGAAGCUUCCACACACACAAACACGCACACUAGACCUUUGAAAAAGAUCAAAAGCCCUGAACAUCAGUCUUCUUCUUCAUCAUCUUCAAGUUCUUCAAAACUCUUUCCAUUUGCAUUUGAUGGAAACAAUCAACCAACAAUUGAAUAUUUACAACAAUACAGAUCAAAUUCAAAUCAUCUAUACCCACAACAACAGUCACAACAGCAGCAGCAGCAGCAGAUGAUCUCUUUUAACCCUCACCAGAAUCCGCCAAUGAUCCACCACAAUUUCGGGUUCCCGCCGUAUUUUUCAGGCGAGAACUCGGGUUUAUCGCAGCACCAGUUGCUGAAUUACUGGAGUGAUGCAUUGAAUUUGAGUCCCAGAGGGAGGAUGAUGAUGAUGAACAAGAUGAGACCGCCGAUUCAGCCGCUUCACACGACCAAGUUGUACCGCGGUGUGCGGCAACGGCAUUGGGGGAAGUGGGUGGCGGAGAUCCGGCUCCCGAGGAACCGGACCCGCCUCUGGCUCGGGACUUUUGACACGGCGGAGGAUGCAGCCAUGGCGUAUGACCGCGAGGCUUUUAAGCUUCGCGGUGAAAACGCCAGGUUGAAUUUUCCCGAGAGGUUUCUCGGGAAAACAAAAACCGAAACUGGGUCAGUUUCGGUUUCUACUAGCCAGAGUCCUGGACCAGAGUCGGAGUCUUCGUCUCCACUCGCUAUCGAAAUAGCGAAAGAGGAGACGGAGAAUGUGAAAUCCAAAGAUUCGGAGGAUAUCGUGAAGGAGAAUGAAGGUUUACGCGGUGAUGAACCGAUAACCGGAGGAGGGAAUUCGGGCCCAGCGUGGGGCGAAAUGGCGGAAAAUUGGUACAAUUCGGGUUGGGGACCGGGGAGUGCGAUGUGGGAUUCGAUUGAUUCGAACAAUAAUCUAAUGCUUCCUUCGAAUUUUAAUUUCGAAAACGUUCAGGAACAAGAACAGGGGAGUUAUGAUUUCUCUGUUUUUGAAUCACAAGUGAAUCCUUUCUUUUGGAAGGAUGAAGCUUGAUUUUAGGGGCAGGAAUGGCUGCAUAUUUCAAGCCUUAUUUCUGCUAAGUGUUUUAGAUGUUUGAUUUGAAUUUGGUAGUAGUAUAUAAUUGGGGAAGAAUACAAUGAGACAGUUUUUUGGUCUCUUUGUUGCAGUUAGUUGUAGUCCCCUCAAUCUUUAUCAAGAGCAAGAUCUAGUUUUUUGAUCUUGGAAUGAUUUAGAUUUAUGUAUUUUUUGUUUGUUUGCUACCUUUUAUGUAAUUUGUUUGUGUAUGAUAUAGUAUUAAUGUAGUAUUAUUCAUGGCAUUUUACUUCUUA